UUAAGGUUAUUUCCAUCUCAGAAACAUCCCGAGUUGGUGUUUUUGUUACCAGUGGAACGUAAGACACUAGAAUGUGUGCCAGAGUACGAGGAGCUAAGAUUGGACUUUUAGUCUGCAGCAUUCUUUUGUUGGUUAUCGCAUUGGUCUGCAUGGCUGGUGGAGUUGUCCUGGUUUUGGGAAGGUCCGUGUACGGAGGGGAGUUAAGCUUCUUAAAACAAAGUGUCGGCGACGCUGCUUCAAGCUUUGGAUUCUCACCCACUUUGGACACCAGCUUGUUGGAUGUCAUUUUUGUCACCAUCCCCCUUGGCGCCGUGCUGAUCUUCUUUGGACUUUUAAUCUCAGUCAUCUGCAUCCUCGGGAUAAUUGGCUCAUGUGGACAGUACUAUAAGUUUAUUAUCGUUUACCUGGUUCUGACCUCCUGUCUGUUUUUCAUGCAGAUUGUUAUCAUCAUCUGCGCUUACAUCGACAGAACUCCGUUUGACAGCACCGUUAAGGAUCUCCUCAAGCUCUCGCUCUCCGGCUACACCGGAGACACCGGAACUGACAGCCUGACUCUGGGAUGGAACGCCAUCAUGACCUAUAAAAAAUGUUGUGGAGUGGACGGCUACAGUGAUUUCUCCGUGGCCACAGGAUGGUCAAAGCAGUACAAGGCGGUCAACAUUGAAACCCCUAUCAUGUGCUGCAUUACCAAAACUGCGGCAAAAUCACUGACGUGCGCCAUCACGGCUAAUUAUAAGACAGAGACGUAUUACAACAGAGGCUGCUACGAGCACAUCUGGGAUUACGUCACUUCCGACACAGGGCUGAUACUCUUCACUGUCUUUUUCAUCGUCGUGCUGGAGUUCCUGUGCAUCUUCUUUGCCGCUUGGUUGAUCUGCAACAGGAGAAGUAAAGGCAUCACUAAAGUAGGAGACUACAGCCGUUACAAUUAGCCAGAAUCUACAGGAGUCCAAAGUAAGAAUGUAUGAACAAUGAAAAAUAUAGUAAAAAUCCAUUAACUUUAAGUAAUGUUAGUAUAUAUUUUGACAUUUUAAAGCAUUAAAAAUAUAUAUUUAUUAAUAGUUUAUAACUUAAAUGGAUAAAAUCAAAGACUUAACCCAUGAAUAGAAAUGUUUAUAAUUUAUAGACUAAUUCCAUAGUCCAAUAUUACAGCCAUAAAUAACUCAGAAAUAAUAACAGGGGCUCGAGUGUGUGACCUCCCCUUCAUCUUCCUUUUAUCUCUAAGUCUGUAGGACCGAUGGAGCACCACAUGUGAUCUGUUGACUAGCUCUCUUCAUGCCUCUCCUCUUUGCCAAGGCUAGAAUAUCCAUCAAAUGCCAGUGCAGACUUUGACUUUCCCUGACUGCCUGGUCUUAUUUUCCCUGUAGUCUUCCCUUCAGAAUGGACCUUUGAGAGCCCUUAGGACUUCGUGACACCGCCAUACUUGAAAUCUUCGCUUGUUUGACAAUAGUCAGAAAUAUAGCGUGGAGCCCUAUAGCCAUUGUGAUUGUGAUUCGAAAUUUUUCAUUUGCUGUGAAGUCUUUUAGGGUCCGUAAUCGAUACAAACUUAGCACUGAAAUGUCCAUUUAGAUCUAAUUAGUAAUGUAGCUGUAGGUACAUCAUUUAGUGUUAAAAGUAUAACAUUGAAUGCAUUUUUAUUAUUCUUUGAUUACAUAUAAAUGUUUUUCUGUUUUAAAAUUAUUACAAUGUUUAUUAUUUAUUAAAUUUAUAAAAUGAGA